CAAAUCAAAAAGAGAGAAGUAGGAGCAACACACAAUACCUAAAACAUUCAUCGACAAACGCUGCUAGACGAACGCGCCAGCCAACAAAGCCGGCUCACAUGUGUGGGUUUCUCUAAAGUGGGUAAGUUUAUGUUCGUUAUUGGUGCAAAAAAGUUCCAUAGCAUGAACCAAGCUGUAAGUUUGCACUACGACGAGAAGGAAAACGUAGCGACCAUGAUGUCCUGCCCCUUACCUAUGCCAUUACCGAUACCAAUACCUUCAAUACAUAAAACUGAAUUCACACCGGUUCACAUUGGAGUCAAGGUAAGGAUCGAUGAACAAUUACUAUAUAAAUUUAAUCAUUGGGUGAGUCCACACGUUUAUUGCCAAAUGACAACACAAUUACGCGGAAGCGACGAACUUUUGAGUCAAGCUGCAGUCAUGGCGCCCGCUUCCGACAAUAAUAAUCAGGAUCUGGCCACAAAGAAGGCCAAACUGGAUUCGAGCACCGUGCUGGCUGGCGGAAUUGCCAAAGCCUCAAAGGUCAUUCAUUUGCGCAACAUUCCAAACGAAUCUGGUGAAUCGGACGUAGUUGCAUUGGGCAUACCAUUUGGGCGUGUGACAAAUGUCCUGGUGCUAAAGGGCAAGAAUCAAGCAUUUAUUGAAAUGGCCGACGAAAUAUCCGCCACAUCGAUGGUCUCCUGUUACACAGUGAAUCCGCCCCAGAUGCGUGGGCGCAUGGUCUACGUGCAGUUCUCCAAUCAUCGCGAGCUCAAGACGGACCAGAGUCACAACCAGAACUCGUCGGCGGUGCAGAGUGACUAUCGCAUUCAAUCGCCCGCCGGUGGCUCGCCGUUGCCGCUGUGCGCCGCUGCCAAUGCGACCAGCAACAAUGCCAACAACUCGGCCGAGAACAACUGCAGCACUGUGGCCAUCUUGCAGAACAACACGAGCGCUGUGAAUGCCUCGGCGGGCAGCAACAAUACCAAUGCUGCCGGCGGACCCAAUACGGUGCUGCGCGUCAUUGUUGAAACUCUGAUGUACCCCGUUUCGUUGGACAUAUUGCAUCAGAUAUUCCAACGCUUUGGCAAGGUCCUCAAGAUCGUCACCUUCACCAAGAACAAUUCAUUCCAGGCUCUCAUCCAGUAUCCGGAUGCCCACUCUGCACAGCAGGCCAAGUCAAUAUUGGAUGGCCAGAACAUCUACAACGGCUGCUGCACCUUGCGCAUUGACAACAGCAAAUUGACCGCCUUGAAUGUCAAGUACAACAAUGAUAAGUCGCGCGACUUUACGAAUCCGGCGCUGCCACCGGGCGAGCCGGGUGUCGAUCUCAUGCCCACAGCCGGCGGCUUAAUGAAUACCAAUGAUCUGCUAUUGAUUGCCGCCCGUCAGCGGCCCUCAUUAACAGGUGAUAAAAUAGUCAACGGCCUGGGCGCACCCGGCGUGCUGCCGCCUUUCGCCUUGGGCCUAGGCACUCCACUCAGCGGCGGCUACAGCAACGCCCUGCCCAACCUGGCGGCCUUCUCGCUGGCCAACAGCGGCGCCCUACAGACCGCCGCUCCAGCUAUGCGCGGCUACUCGAAUGUGCUGCUCGUAUCGAAUUUAAAUGAAGAGAUGGUCACGCCUGAUGCUCUAUUUACCCUCUUUGGUGUAUACGGCGAUGUGCAACGUGUAAAGAUAUUGUACAACAAAAAGGACUCGGCACUCAUACAAAUGGCAGAGCCGCAGCAAGCUUAUUUGGCCAUGUCUCACCUUGAUAAAUUACGUUUAUGGGGCAAGCCGAUACGUGUCAUGGCCAGCAAACAUCAGGCCGUGCAACUGCCCAAGGAGGGACAGCCGGACGCGGGGCUCACGCGUGACUAUUCACAGAAUCCAUUGCACCGUUUCAAGAAGCCCGGCAGCAAGAACUAUCAGAACAUCUACCCGCCAUCGGCGACACUGCAUUUAAGUAACAUUCCCUCAUCCUGCACCGAGGAUGACAUCAAAGAAGCCUUCACCUCCAACAAUUUUGAAGUUAAAGCAUUCAAAUUUUUCCCCAAGGACCGCAAAAUGGCGCUGCUGCAACUGUCGUCGGUGGAGGAGGCCGUCCUGGCGCUGAUCAAAAUGCACAAUCAUCAGCUGUCCGAGUCGAACCAUUUGCGCGUGAGCUUCUCCAAGUCGAACAUCUAGAAUCCGACCCGCGGUCAGGUUCACUGAACUUGACUAAGUGCCAACAUCAGCCUUGCACUACGGCAUCAGUUCUAUUGGCAGCAGCAA